AUGUCAAAUACUAAUAUCACUUCUUCUUCUUCUAAAUUUGAAGUCCAUUUUCCCUUCCCAAGACCACUUCCUAGUACAUUUGGUUUAAGUGGGUGUCCUCCUUCUAUGCAAUGGCAACUUGAUUUUCCUGAAAUUAGUCCAUUGAUGAUAGCUGGUGACCCUCUCUAUGAUUCACUGGAUAUUGAACCAUGCCAAACAAUAUUUCCAGGGGAUAUCUAUAGUGGGUAUGGUGCAAUGUUUGAGCAAGAGAAAGAGAGAGUACUAUUGUUGUGUGAUAAUGAAGAAAAUGUUAAUAGAGAUGAAGAAAGAAGAGGAGCCAAGAAGUGCAAGGAUGAGAAGAUCACAAGCACUUCAAAAAUGUUAACAAGGAAAGUAAUUUCACAGUACUUCUACAUGCCAAUAACACAAGCAGCAAAAGAGCUCAAUGUUGGUUUGACCCUCUUGAAGAAAAGGUGUAGGGAAUUGGGUAUUUGUAGGUGGCCUCAUAGAAAGCUCAUGAGCCUCCAAACCCUAAUCAAGAAUGUCCAAGAUUUGGAGGGAGAGGGGAGAGAAGGGAAGGUGAGGGAUGCAAUUGAAAUAUUAGAGAAGGAAAAGAAGAUGUUGGAGGAAAUGCCAGACUUGCAACUGGAGGACAAGACCAAGAGGCUUAGGCAGGCUUGUUUUAAGGCUAAUUACAAGAAGAGGAGGCUCUUGGGGUUCAAUACUAAUAUGGAUUCUUCUUCUUCUUCUUCAUCAUCCAAUACUGGUGGUCAUGAUGCUUGUUUGAAUGUCACAAGGGCUAAUGAUAGUAAUGAUCAGACGGCUGAAAAUGAAGUGGAUGAGGAAAUCAAAUCACUUCUGUCUGAUCCCUUGUCUUCUAGUUAUAUGCUGUAA